AUGCCUGUUGGUGACAACGACGCGGUUCAAGCCGUCGGCUUGGACCCGGCUCUCAUCGAUGCCUCUGGUGAUCCACAGCGCAAGAACCCGGCCUUCCACUCAGACGAGGCGCCGCCUUUCCUUUUCACUGAGGGCAAGGCCACUCUCCAAGAGAGCUACCUCAGUGACAAUGACAGCCUUCCCACCAAAGAGGAGCUCGACACGCUCGAACGCAUUGGCGCUGCCAUUCCUUGGAGAAUCUACACCAUCGCCUUUGUCGAACUCGUCGAGCGCAUGUCCUACUAUGGUUGUGUUCAAGUCUACUCCAACUUCAUCGCUAAGCCUAGGCCGACCCCUACUGGUGCAGCAUUGAACCCUAGCGAUGCCGAGGCUCAACCCGGUGCUCUUGGAAUGGGCAAGCAAGUUGCUUUCUCUCUGACCACCUUCAACGCUUUCUGGGUCUACUGCUGCCCCCUCCUUGGAGCCUGGAUCGCCGACACCUACCUCGGACGCUACAAGACUAUUCUCUACUCGGUCAUCAUCGCUGAAAUCGGUCAUAUUAUCCUCGUCGCCUCUGCUAUCCCCUCGGUCCUGGACAACCAAAAGGGUGCGCUUGCUUGCUUCAUCAUCGGAUUGCUCGUCAUGGGACUCGGAACUGGUACUUUCAAGCCCAACAUCUCGCCUCUGAUUGUUGAGCAGCUUGAGACAGACAAGCUUCAAGUUGUGGAAAGGAAUGGCAAGCGCGUCAUCAUCGACCCCGCCAUUACCGUCACUCGUGUCUACAACUACUUCUACUUGUUUAUUAACAUCGGUGCCUUGGCCGGUCAGCUCGGUAUGGUGUACGCCGAACGUUACGUCGGUUUCUACCUGUCCUACCUGAUCCCCACUGUCUUCUUCCUGCUCGCUCUGCCUGUCCUAAUCGUCUGCAAGAAGCACUACAUUCUGCGUCCCCCAAGUGGCAGCGUCAUGGGACCUGCUUUCAAGCUCCUUGCUAAGGCUGUCGGUACGAGGAACUUUAAGAACUGGAACGACGGUAAAAUGUGGGAGUCUAUCAGGCCCUCUGCUCUGGGCGCCAACAAGCCUUCCUGGUACAACUUCGAUGAUGCCUGGGUCGACGAAGUCGCCCGUGGUUUCCGCGCUUGUGGUGUCUUCUUCUGGGUUCCGAUCUUCUGGCUCGCCUACAGGCAGAUGGACUCCAACUUGACCCAGAUGUGUUCCACCAUGGCUCUGCACGGCGUUCCUAACGAUCUUUUGGCCAACUUGGACCCUAUCUCCAUCAUCAUCCUUGUGCCGAUUAUGGACACUAUCGUUUACCCGUUCCUCCGCAAGAAGGGCAUCAGGUUCACACCCCUCAAGAAGAUCUGCGCUGGUUUCAUCAUCGCUUCCUUUUCUAUGGUCUGGGCCUCUGUACUCCAGUACUACGUCUACAAGACCUCUGGAUACUACGACGACCCAUCCAACACCGAAUAUAAGUCUCCGAUCAACGUUUGGGCCGUUACUGGUGUCUACAUUCUGAUCGCCAUCUCUGAGAUCUUCGCUUCCGUUACAACCCUCGAGUACGCUUUCACCAAGGCCCCCAAGAACAUGAGGUCUCUGGUCAUGGCUGUCCAGCUCUUCACCACUGCUUUCUCCGCUGCUCUUGCCCAGGCCUUUACCCCGUUGACCAUCGACCCUCUCGUCGUCUGGAACUACGGUAGUGUCGCCAUCAUCUCGUUCAUCACCGGUGUUCUCUUCUGGAUCGCCUACCGCAAGAUGGACAAGGAGGAAGACCAGCUCAACAUGUUGCCCACCGGUCACCUUGGCAAUGCCAACCAGGCAGCGGAUGUCGAGAGGCGCAUCAGCGUCGCACCCGUCGAGGACGAGAAGAAGCCUGCGAGCUUCUAA